UGACAACAACUGCACUAAACAACAUGACAACAACUGCAGUAAACAACAUGACAACAACUGCACUAAACAACAUGACAGCAGUUCCCCCACUGACUCCUAACAUUACAGUGGAAGCUCUUGAGACGAAUGUUUCUAGGGCAGAGUGUGGGACCCAACAGCUCUGUGUGGCUGAGCCCGCUGUGUGCGACCCAUCCGCUACAGGAUCAUGUUUUUUCCUUGCUGCCACACAGCAGAGCGGCUCAAACUUUGACUUCAGCAUCUCAGGAGAGUCAGACGGCUACAUUGCUGCCACCCUGUCACCUGACACCACAGUGGGAGACAACGACACAACCUACGUCUGUGCAAACAACAACGGUUCUGUCAGAUUCUUUAGCACUGUCCUCAACAAUGGCGAGCUGGUUCCAACAGAGCUGAACGUGAACUCUGUGAGGGGCAGAGUCAAUGGACGAAGAAUCCAGUGCACAUUUUCUGCCACUCUACCAAGCCCAACAACUAGAACAACAGGUUUCGCAAUCUCACUGAGCGAUGGACCUUUCAACGCGACAUCUGGUGAUCUGGGAAGCCCCACCACCCGAUUUAGGAGCCCUGUUGUAGACCUGACAAAUGUUAAUGCCACCGUCAACAAUCAAAUUACCACCACCACCACCGCCACCACCGCCGCCCCCACCACUACCGCUAAUCACGGCAUCACAUUCCACCAAUCACUAACGCAGGCUCUGCUGAUCACUGUGGGUGCACUGGGCCUGGCCAUGCUAUGAGAAAAAUGAAACCCCCACGAGUCAAGACAAGAAAACCAUAAUUUCCAUAACCAUAACUACUCAAUACAAGCAUCUCACAAGACGUUUGCUAUACACAGUACAUUCCAGAUUAUUAGGAUCAUGCUGAAUUUCGUAUCAACUCACUGGGAAUGAAUGUUGAAGGUGUGAUGGGGGUGGUCACUCUUCUACCGCCCUCUGCCUCUUCUCAUAUCUGUUGAAGAAUCUGAAAUCAAGAAGGGAAUCAAUUUUGAAGUUUUUAAUUCAAUGUUAUAUGUAAUCCGUUUUCUUUUGUAACGGUUGGACUGCUGGAUUUCUGUCCUACGAGUUACUUAAUUGCAGGCAAAUACACUAACUCUCUGCCCCAGGUGUAAAUCAAACUAUGAUAACAAAUGAGAAACACUAUUAAAAAUUUGAACAGUUAAAGAGUAAUCAAACAUCAAAUCCAAAUCAAGUUAACAAGUGGCUUUCAGCAGCAGGUGGUUUAUACAGAUUUUAGGUUUGGGGUCUGGUUACCUGUUAGUUCCUCAUUACUACUGUCAAAAGCAAAAAAACAAAAACCUCCUGACUUGAUAAGUUGAAUAUGACCAAUGAAGCCGUCAAAUAGUUUUAUGUUUCUUAUGACACCCACAGCACAAGCAAAGAAACAAUGUUUUUCUUCUGUCCUGUCACUGUCACACAGCAAACGGCAGAUGUGUGCUUUUGUGCUUUAUUAUUAUUGUUAUUAUUAUUAUUAUUUUUUUAUUGUGUUACUCUCUUUGGUGUUUAUAUAUGUACUGUUGAUGCUUCAACAAUGCUUUUAAAAUGAAGCCUUCAUAGGCUGAUAUUUUCCCAGAUGUAUGUGUGCAAUUUCAUAUGCAAAUGAUCCAUUGCACACAAAGAACGCUAUAUAUGAUACCAAAUAUUGGUGAAACUAAUUUUGCACAUUGCAUUAUGUAACAAAUGAGUUUUUAUUAAAAUGUUUCGAAAUAAAUAUUUUAUGCAAAUUGA